CCGAUGCUUGGUUGCCUAAAUCUUUCAAAGCCCAUGGACUGAUUGAGGCCAUCGGCAGAUGCGAUUAUGGUAUUUGCACGAUAAUAAACAUGUAUAAAUAGCCUCAAUCACGUUGUUAUCAGUAAUCUACUUUUGAUCGUCCGGUCAGCAAGCUCCUGCCCAGCACCGGAAUCACAUCUCGGCAUCUGACAAUCUCCCCGCCACCUUCACAAGAUGCAGCUCACUCGCUUCCUCAGCGCUUGGCUCCUCCCAGCCAUGGCGAUGGCUCAGACAACUACCUUCCAGACUUCAACCACCACGGCCACAGCCACGGCCCCCGCCACUCCGUCCCCCACCAUGCCCGGUCUGGCCCCCAACUGUGAUGGUUUCCACAAGCUCGAGAGCGGCGAUAACUGCUAUGAAGUUGCCGCCAAAUACGGAAUCACCAUGACCCAGCUCUAUGCCUGGAACACGGUAGUGAAUGAUACUUGCUCCAACCUCUUAGCCGGCUACUACAUGUGCGUGCAUGUUCCCGGCGCCGAGGCGCCGACCAAGCCGGAACCCCAGAUGCCUGGCGUCGUCGAGAACUGCCAGAAGUUCUACCAGAUCAAGGCUGGAGACGGCUGCUGGUCCAUCUAUACCGAGGCCGGCAUAACCUAUUAGCAGCUGCGGUCUUGGAACACGGGGAUCGAUGCGGCUUGUGGAAACUUGUGGCCGGACUUUUACGUUUGCAUUGGUGUGUGAGGCUGAAGCUUAAGAUCCGGCAGUGCAGCAUGGGACGGGCUUUCUUGAGACUUUUCGAUUCUUGUCAUUCUUUUGUUUUCAUUCACUACUUCGACAUUUCCGUAUAGUCGCUUUACGAGGCUUCUCGUUUCAGUUGGAGAGAGGAUAUUUAUCUUGUAUGUCUUUUCUAGCUAUCCCCCGUCCCUACUGAGACCCUUUUUUAACACAGAAUGCCGUCCCAGCUUCGUCAUUGGCCAGUACUACCGGCGCGCUAAGAGCCGAAUGAAACACACCUUACCCACGCUUGCCAAGUGACAAGCCUGCACCUUAUGCAGGUACGAGGAUCAUCAUGCGCCUGACGAACCUGGGCACAAUAACUGCAUUCGUACAACGUUUUAGAUCAAGGUAUUUGUUCGAUUUGAUCGGUAUGAAUCUCACUGCAGAAGCGGUGUUGGGUGUUACUUGGCAUUUUUCUAGCCCUUGGACAUGGGUUGAGAGUGAAGUCCAAACAAGAUUUGUGCGGGGAGCCUCUCUGGGCCUCGGAAAUGAUAACUGCCAGCUGGGUGGCCUUUGUUCGAACAAAUCCUGGGAUGCAGAAAAAGAAGUCGGUACAAAUAACAAAGAAACAAGAAUUCAAGUGAUGGUAAGAAUUGAUAUAUCAUUGUUUGGGUUUUGUAAUUUUGAUGAACGGUGUGCAGCUAUCUAAUAGGGGAUAGGUAGUCUCAAUGCUGCUAGUGGCUGCUGAUCUGUCCCGAAUCUAAAAAGAUUUACUGUUCUGUAAAAAAUCAUUUGCACU